AUGGGUGACUGGAAUUUACUGGGAAGUAUACUGGAAGAAGUUCAUAUUCAUUCGACUAUAGUGGGGAAGAUCUGGCUCACCAUCCUCUUUAUAUUUCGGAUGUUGGUGCUUGGAGUGGCUGCAGAAGACGUUUGGGAUGAUGAGCAGGAAGAAUUUAUUUGCAACACAGAGCAACCUGGCUGCAGAAAUGUUUGCUACGACGAAGCAUUUCCUAUUUCACUCAUUAGGUACUGGGUAUUACAAAUAAUCUUUGUGUCAUCACCUUCCUUGGUAUACAUGGGACAUGCACUUUAUAGACUCAGGGCUCUGGAGAAAGAGAGACAAAAGAAAAAAGCACAGCUCAGGGCAGAGCUGGAAGAGCUGGAGGCCGUUAUUGAUGAGCACAGGAGACUGGAGAAGGAACUAAGGAAGUUAGAGGAGCAGAAAAAAGUAAAUAAGGCUCCCCUUAGAGGAUCCCUAUUACGCACAUAUGUGCUGCAUAUUCUAACCAGAUCUGUUGUGGAAGUCGGCUUUAUGGUCGGACAGUACUUACUGUAUGGAUUUAAUCUUGACCCACUGUAUAAAUGUUCACGUUUCCCUUGUCCAAACAUAGUAGAUUGUUUUGUUUCCAGGCCAACAGAGAAGACUAUAUUCAUGGUGUUCAUGCACAGCAUAGCUGCAGUAUCAUUGUUCCUUAAUAUUUUAGAAAUAUUUCAUUUAGGCAUCAAGAAAAUCAGACAAGGACUUUAUGGAAAACAUAUGGCAGAAGUUACAGAAGAUGAAAUAAGCAUUUGUAAAUCUAAGAAGAGUUCAGUGCAGCAGGUUUGCAUGUUGAGUCACUCUUCCCCAAACAAGAAUAUUGCUUUGUCUUCAAGUGCCUACAAGCUGAUGCCUGACCAGCAAAUGGACUCAGUUGGACUACCAGCUUAUCUUCCACCAGCUCCAGGAUUUAAGGAAGUACAAAUGAUCAAUGACCAAAAUCAGUAUGGUAAUAUUAUGGCUACUGACAAGAAUAGAAGAAGUGUGGAUCACCUAAACACUGAUCAACAUAGUGACCAGCUUAAUUUGCAUUUCAAGCAAGAGUCCCGCUAUGUGGAACAUCAGAGGAUGGGUAAUCACAUUGAUCAAUACCCUGGCCAAGUUAUAAACAGAACUGCUCCUGAUCAGCAGCACCCUGGAGAACAGCAUGUGUCCCCUCUGCAGAAGAGGAACCUCUCUUCUAGCAGCGAGGAUUCACACAAGAAAUCACAGCGUAAUAACUGCCUUGGGUCCAGAAGCUGCCUUAAAAGUCAUCAGUCUUUAGACCAAGCAAGGCAUAGUACAGUGCAUCCUCUUAGAUCCUGCCUCCACUCCAGCCACAUGGAGCUGCCAUCUGCAUUACGCAAAUACAGCAGAGUCAGCAGCUGUAAGGACUUUGCAGAAGAUCGAAGUGACUCUGCAGACAGUGGGCAUCGGAAAGUCAGCUCCACUUCCAGAGGGCUUUCAGAAAGCAGACUGGCCAGUGACCCAGAUAGUUCUGAUUCAAGGAAUGGUUCAGGUUCUGAAUCAAGGAGACGAGAGGAAAGUUCCAGCAUAACACCUCCUCCCCCAUCUGGCCGCAGAAUGUCAAUGGCAAGUAGAGGCAGACACUCAAGGGCUUAUCCUCUUUACAGGCUAUUGGUCUAG